CCGGAAGCGACCCGUUGCCAUGGCGACUCUGCACACAGCCAGGCAGCCCCGCGUGGGGAGUGCAGGUGGUUUCGGUUGCGGCCGUCGCGUCCCGGGAGCGUCGCUACCUGGUGAACGUAGUGACUGAAGAUAGACCCACAUAUGAAGAUUCAGCUGCCCUCUGACUUCCAGCCAUUACCAUCACCAACCACCACCAUUUCCUGAACACGUACUCUGUGCUGGACUCUGCCCUGGACAUUGUGAGGGGAUUCAAAAGAGAUAAAAAGCACAAUCCUUGCCUUCAAGCAGCUUGUAAUUUAAUUUGGGAACUGAAACCCACUCAAAUGAAGCAAUGUAAGAAUGGUAACAAGCCGUAUUUCACUAGAAUGGGUACUAGGAAAAAAGUUCACGCAUUUGUCCGUGUCAAACCCACUGAUGACUUUGCUCACGAAAUGAUCAGAUACGGAGAUGACAAAAGAAGCAUUGAUAUUCACUUAAAAAAAGACAUUCGGAGAGGAGUUGUCAAUAACCAACAGACAGACUGGUCGUUUAAGUUGGAUGGAGUUCUUCACGAUGCCUCCCAGGACUUGGUUUAUGAGACAGUUGCGAAGGAUGUGGUUUCUCAGGCCCUCGAUGGCUAUAAUGGCACCAUCAUGUGUUAUGGGCAGACAGGAGCUGGCAAGACAUACACCAUGACGGGGGCAACUGAGAACUACAAGCACCGGGGGAUCCUCCCUCGUGCCCUGCAGCAGGUUUUUAGGACGAUCGAAGAACGCCCCACACAUGCCAUCACUGUGCGCGUUUCCUACUUGGAAAUCUAUAAUGAGAGCCUGUUUGAUCUCCUGUCCACUCUGCCCUAUGUUGGACCCUCAGUCACACCAAUGACCAUCGUGGAAAACCCUCAAGGAGUCUUCAUUAAGGGCUUGUCAGUUCACCUCACAAGUCAGGAGGAGGAUGCAUUUAGCCUCCUUUUUGAGGGUGAGACCAACAGGAUUAUAGCCUCCCACACUAUGAACAAAAACUCUUCCAGAUCACACUGCAUUUUCACCAUCUACUUAGAGGCGCAUUCCCGGACCUUAUCAGAGGAAAAGUACAUCACUUCCAAAAUUAACUUGGUGGAUCUUGCAGGCUCAGAGAGGCUGGGGAAGUCUGGGUCUGAGGGCCGAGUCCUGAAGGAAGCCACCUGCAUCAACAAAUCACUCUCAUUCCUGGAGCAGGCCAUCAUUGCCCUCGGGGACCAGAAGCGGGACCACAUCCCCUUUCGGCAGUGCAAGCUCACCCACGCUCUGAAGGACUCGUUAGGGGGAAACUGCAAUAUGGUCCUCGUGACAAACAUGUAUGGAGAAGCUGCCCAGUUAGAAGAAACGCUAUCUUCAUUGAGAUUUGCCAGCAGGAUGAAGCUAGUCACCACUGAGCCUGCCAUCAAUGAAAAGUAUGACGCUGAGAGAAUGGUCAAGAACCUGGAGAAGGAACUAGCACUGCUCAAGCAGGAGCUGGCUAUCCAUGACAGCCUGACCAACCGCACCUUUGUGACCUAUGACCCCAUGGAUGAAAUCCAGAUCGCUGAGAUCAACUCCCAGGUGCGGAGGUACCUGGAGGGGACGCUGGACGAGAUCGACAUAAUCAACCUUAGACAGAUCAAGGAGGUGUUCAACCAGUUCCGGGUGGUUCUGAGCCAACAGGAACAGGAAGUGGAGUCCACUUUGCGCAGGAAGUACACCCUCAUUGACAGGAAUGACUUUGCAGCCAUUUCUGCUGUCCAGAAGGUGGGGCUUGUGGAUGUUGACGGCCACCUAGUGGGUGAGACUGAAGGACAAAACUUUGGACUCGGAGUUGCCCCUUUCUCUACCAAACCUGGGAAGAAAGCCAAGUCCAAGAAGACAUUCAAAGAGCCACUCAGCUCCUUGGCAAGAAAGGAAGGUGCCAGCAGCCCUGUGAAUGGGAAGGACUUGGAUUACGUUUCCACCUCCAAGACCCAGCUGGUCCCAUCCUCCAAAGAUGGGGAUGUCAAAGACAUGUUUUCGCGGGACCGGGAAACUUCCAGCAUUGAGCCCCUUCCCUCAGACUCCCCGAAGGAGGAAUUACGCCCAAUUAGGCCCGACACCCCACCCUCCAAACCAGUGGCCUUUGAGGAGUUUAAGAACGAGCAAGGUAGUGAGAUCAACCGAAUUUUCAAAGAAAACAAAUCCAUCUUGAAUGAACGGAGGAAAAGGGCCAGCGAGACCACACAGCGCAUCAAUGCCAUCAAGCGGGAGAUUGAUGUGACCAAGGAGGCCCUGAAUUUCCAGAAGUCACUACGGGAGAAGCAAGGCGAGUACGAAAACAAGGGGCUGAUGAUCAUCGAUGAGGAAGAAUUCCUGCUGAUCGUGAAGCUCAAAGACCUCAAGAAGCAGUACCGCAGCGAGUACCAGGACCUGCGUGACCUCAGGGCUGAGAUCCAGUAUUGCCAGCACCUAGUAGAUCAGUGUCGCCACCGCCUGCUCAUGGAAUUUGACAUCUGGUACAAUGAGUCCUUUGUCAUCCCUGAGGACAUGCAGAUGGCACUGAAGCCAGGCAGCAGCAUCCGGCCAGGCAUGGUCCCUGUGAACAGGAUUGUGUCUCUGAUGGCAGUGUGUGUGGUGCUCCCAGCCUCUCCACAGCCAGCCCAGGCAGGUGGGCAGGGAGAAGAUGACCAGGACAAAUUCAGCCAGCUGCAGCAGAGGGUGCUUCCUGAGGGCCCUGAUUCCAUCUCCUUCUACAAUGCCAAAAUCAAGACAGAGCAGAAGCAUAAUUACUUGAAAACCAUGAUGGGCCUCCAGCAGGCACAUAGAAAAUAGAACCUCAUCACCGGUACCUUAAAGGACAAGACCAGCAACUCCAACCUACUGUAGUGGAGCUGCUCAACCACCUGCCCAGAGCUGCAGCCCCUCUACUCCAAGGCUGGGACCCAGCACAGAGAACACAUAUGGCCUGCAUGUUGGGAGGAGCAUCCUCCAAGGACAACCUUGCUCAUCUCCACAGAGCACUUUGGGUUUUAAUUCACUGUCUUAUAUGCAGGGACAGGAUAAAAUUACUUUCUAGUUUGGAGUUUCA